AACCCGAACUCAAUGGCGUCCGUCGUCUCGAACGACGUCUCGAAUCAACUGAAGGCUCAAUGGUUUCUACAGUUUUAUGCAUUCUAUGGCUCUCUCUCUCCGUCCGAUCGAUCGUCUCGACUCUUCAGAGACGCGAUUCGCGCGCGCGUCGACUCUAUCACUGCACGCAUGCGUUUCACUGCAAAGAUUGACAGCUCUUGAGAUCGGAAAAGCUCUUCAACUGUUUGUUUGCUUUUAUUUUUUGUCACAUUUGUUGACAACACGUGUUCACGUGACACCUGUUGGCGGUCGUCGUUCGGCUGUCGUCCGCGCGUCGUCCGAGACGUCGGUCGUCACGCAAUGCGAGAGUCGCGGCGCGAGUGCGCACAUCUUUGGAUCGUUUGUUUGGAUUUUCGCCAAAAAAGAGUCAAAAAUAGAGCGAAAGAUGCGAACGACAGACGAGAGAGUGAACGACGCAAAGCUCAACAACGAUGUCUCUCCUCAGCGCUCAUCCCAUACGCCGCUGACCCACUCAUCUGUUGACCACAGACUUGCAUUCCGCCAUUUGGGCGACGAAUGGCAGCAGAUCUGUGCAACGCUUCUGUCGUGCGAACAGUUAUUGACAGUAAUGUCCGGCGAUAGACAUCCCAUUGACGACGACUGCCCGGACGACGCCCUCGAACGACAACAUUUGAGACAAAUUAUUCGUCAAAUUGAACCACAAAAAUACGUUAAAAGCGGUCACAGAAGACAUCAUUCGUGUUCUCGACGUUCUUCUUAUCACAGACUCAAAGCCUUAACUCAACUCCUCAUGACUUCCAGUCUUAAGCGCUCGACGUCUCUCCAGUCGGUGGCCGUCGUCCCGAACGACGUAAUGAACGACACCACUGCAACUCUUCCGAGAUUCAGACGACGUCCACGUAUUCAACGUGUGUUUCGAUCGCUCGACGUCUCGGACGACAACAGCGACGAAACUAAUCACAAAACAGCCGACAGAAGCGGACUUUCUCUUGUUUUGUCGCCGACGACGCGAUCUCCGGACUCAGAGACAUCUGACUGCAGCCGAACUAACCGUCAUUCAUGCGAUGUAACAAGUCUUUUGUUGUCGCCCUCAACGCCAUCACCGGCGACCGUCGCAGUGGCCAAUGGACGACAAAUUCUAAAAUAUUCGAAAAAACGUCUGAGAGGUCCGUACGGAGAAAUGUUAGAAUCGCGAAUGAGUCGUUGCGCUCAAGAAGAUCAAAAACAUUUAUCUUUCGUUCAAGAAUUGCUUCGAGAAACUCAAGAACAAAGAAUACAAUUAGACAAAAACGCAAAGGAAACAACUGGAACCGCUAAGGAAGACCGCAUUCAAACCCAAUCGGAUGCAAUGGCAGCCGAACCGUCGAUUACGGCAACCAUUGGUCGCCAUUUAGACACUCGAACUCAUAUCGUUGGCGAACUCUAUGACACGGAAAAGAGUUUUUGCGAACAAUUGAGACAUCUUUUGGAGAAAUAUUCGAAACCUUUGACCGAAUCCUUGAUUAUUGACGUCGUCUUUGUUGACGUCAUUUUCGGUCGAAUUCCCGCUAUUCUGGCCAUUCAUUCGCGAUUUCUGGAAGAACUUCGUCGCCGUAUUGCCGACUGGACACCCGAAAGUCGAACGGUCGGCGAUUUGUUUGGCCUUUUCGAUGAACCCGUUUGUCGCGAAACGUAUUUGUCUUUUGUGGACAAUUGGACGCAAAGCAAGCAAUUAGUGAAAAGUCUUUUGCGCGACAAACCGUCUUUCGGUCGGUUCCUGACCGACGCGUCUCGCGAACACCGAUCGAAACUCAGUUUAGACGAACUCAUGAUUGCUGUCAUUCAACGGAUCCCUCGUUUCGAACUUCUUCUCAAACAACUCCUCAAAAAUACUCAAGAAUCACAUCCCGACCACUGUCUCCUCGCGCAGGCGCUCUCGAAAAUCCAUUCUCUCGUUCUUCACAUAAACCGUGUUCGCGACGCCGAUGCGACGUCCGGGACGACGGCCGGCCAUCAGUUGGACGUUGGUUUUGGGACGACACUGUCGUUAUCGCAAUUGGAGUCCAUUUGUGACGGUCUUCCGACAGCACUGUUAUCUUCUGCCACUUUAGUUGACGCGGCGUUUGUUUGGAUCCGAAAAAGAGAACGAAUUGUUGUUUUGUUUUCUUCUCUUUUAGUCAUUCUUUCAGUAAAAGGAAAGAAAAAGUCGCAAAAAUUCGACGAAAAUAAGUACAAAGUUCUCAAUUAUUUUGCCAUUGAAUCCAUUGACGAUUCGGCCGACGUUCGGGACGACGCAGAUGAAGAAGGCGUCGAUGCGCUCGAAAAAGACGCACAAAUCUUGCGCUCCAUUCAGACGUCUUUUGUGGCGCGUCUUUCAUCUUAUUCACGCAACUCUUUGGAUGGAUUCCUUCAAGACAUGAGUCAGAGUUUGACUAAAAAAAUGGCACAACUUAAGAAUCAGGAGAAGAAUCUCGAACUACUGGUGUCGGGACCGUCGUCCGGGACGACAACCGAAACGUCGUCCGGGACGACGACUCAGGGCGUAACGAUUGUAUUGACAUUUGCGACGCAAGAAAAGAGACAACAAUUCCAACAAAUGCUUAGAGAAGUGAAGAGCGCUUCCAAACCGUCCAAAUCAAGAGUUCCUCAUUUCGCGUGUUUUCUACCGAUUCGUAAAACACGUGCCGGCCUUCAGUUUACGUGUGCGGCGCCGACGAUCGGCACAAAUGACGUUUGGAUUUGUAAUUCUGACGGAUUUGUUGGUCAGAUAUCUGUUCUGUCUUUGACUUGUGAUUCUCGCGAACCGACAGUUGUCUCGUGUAACGGCGUCUGUAAUUCUCGCAUAACUUGUUUGACUUGUGUUCCGUCUCUUAUCUCUCAAACAACCGACGAAUCAGAUGUUUCCGAUUCCGACGGAACCAACGAUUCCGCAACACAUCCCACCAAUGCCUUGGCCUCGGCCACAAUGUGGUUCGGAACAGACGACGCUUCCGUUCACAUCUACUCGACUUCAGACGCCAUUCGAAUUAAGAAAAACAAAGUGAAAGUCGCUCUCAAUUCGAAAGUCCUUUCGAUUGCUUUUUUUGGCGAAAAAGUAAUCGUUUCUCUCGAUAACCAUUCGAUUGCAAUCUUUAGCCGCGAUCUAAACGGCUGUUGGAUUACAGAACCAGAAAUACGUCUUGGAAUGCAUUGCGAACACCUCUUAGUCGUUGAUCUUCGGCUUUGGACGUCUGGACAUUCACGACAACUCGUCGUCCGAGACGUCGAUCUCAACUCUGUUGCAGAGCUUUUGGUCGACGUCUCGGACGACGACUUUGUGUCUGCAAUGACGACAUCCGCAGAAUUGCGUCGUGUUUUCGUCUCAACUCAUGAAUCACUUCAAGUCCACGUAUUCGACGCGUGCGAACCUUUUUCGCGCGUGCAAGUGGUGAACGUGCAGUGGGCGCUGCAGAGGGCGCUUCUCGUGUGUGAAGACAUUAUUCGCCAACACAAGAGCGCGUGUUUGCGUGUGUCGUGUCUUUUGGCCGCAAAAGACUCGGUUUGGAUCGGAACUUCUGCCGGAAUUAUAUGUCUUCUGGACGGUCAGGACUGCGAUCUGGAAAUCGUCCCGAACGGCCACACUGGUCACGUUCGUUUCCUGACUUCGACGUGUAUUUCUGGCCGACAUCUCGUGAUUUCUGGCGGCGAUGGACUCGARACUUACGGUCGACUGAAUUCGACAACAGAUGGCGUUGUAAUGAAUGCAACGAUCGGUGGAAACGAAGACUCGACGUCACACCUGUUGUUAUGGGAUUUGAGUCUCGAAUAAAACGUUUAAACAAUUCUCACACAAACUCUGUUCUCACACUCUGUUCUCUCAUUCAAUGACUGCUCUCUCACUCACUC